GAGGUGUUUGUCGUGUCACAAUCGUUAGUGGAGGAGCCACAGAUACAGCGGUCUCUCAUUUGCUCUCGAGAUUUCUUUCCCAAAAAAGCUUCCGUAGACUUCAGGCUUCCAAAAAACAAACAGGCGAAGCACCCGGAAAUGACUCCAUAACGCGGGACUGAUGAUCUGAUCGCGGUUUCGGAGGAUUGCGAUUCAACACAAUAACGACCCACGACAGUGUAGGAACCAACGAGACUCAUUUGUCUUCUACUUCGUGCCUGCAAUGAGAAAUAUGAGCGUUGGGAACGGCGCAGCGGGAGCCCUAGAUCUAGAUAUUAUAGAAGAGUACCUUACGGAGAAAACAAUCAAAGAACUGACCGUAACGCUCCCUGGUCCUCCUCCUCCACCUGUGGACCAGGAUAGUCAGCCAGUUGAUCCGCCGUCUAGAAGCAGGCGAAGCGCACCGGUGUUGGUCUCCAGAGGAACAGCUCCACAUAAUCCAUACAGCUUUGACCAGACCCCAACGGCGCACACUGGUGGUAUGGCACCGAUGCAUUCCAUGCGAAGCCACAAAGUGGCAUCUCAGCGACGUGGACAGUCAUCUUUAGCACCCCAGAGUCUUCACUCUCAGCAGACUGGAACAGAACAUCUGGAGCGCUUCCUGGAAAAGCCAGAGCUGGUGAUGGUGGAGCAGCCGAAGGAGCGUGGCAUGCGAUUUCGCUAUGAGUGUGAGGGGCGAUCCGCGGGCAGCAUCCUCGGAGCCUCCAGCACUGACUCCAGCAAGACCCUGCCUGUCAUUGAAAUCCAAGGCCCCAUUGAUAACAUCAAGAAAGUGAUGGUCACCGUGUCUCUCGUGACAAAGGACAUCCCGUACCGCCCACACCCACACUGCUUGGUCGGGAAAGACUGUGCAGAUGGCGUCUGCGUCAUCCACAUCAAUCCCCACAGCUCUCGUCAACACGGCUUUGCAAAUCUUGGCAUCCAGUGUGUGCGGAGGAAGGAACUUGAUGCCUCACUGCAGAAGAGGAGGAAUAAGAAUAUCGAUCCAUUUAACACGGGCCACUCUAAGAGCAUUGAGGACAUGGACAUGAACGUGGUGAGACUGUGUUUCCAGUGUGAGGUGGAACGAAAGGAUGGAGACCGAAUCCCCCUCGCCCCUGUGGUUUCCAACCCCAUCUAUGACAAGAAGGCGACCACAACGGCAGAGCUGAAAAUCAAUCGGCUUAAUGUUGUCAGAGGCCCCUGCACAGGAAAGACUGAAAUUUACAUGCUCUGUGACAAAGUGCAGAAAGAUGACAUUGAGAUAAUCUUCAGCAAGGAGGACUGGGAGGCCAAGGCGGAGUUUGCUCAGACUGAUGUCCACCGGCAAAUCGCCAUCGUCUUCAAGUCCCCACCCUUCAGGGAGCAGAAUAUAACCGAGGAGGUGGAGGUCAGUGUGUGUCUUCGCCGCAUGUCUGACCGGAUGGACAGCGAGUCAGUCAAGUUCACUUACGUCCCAGACAAUGCAGAUCCUUACGGAGUCAACCGCAAGAGGAAAAUGAAGUCUGAUGUGAAGUUCAGCGAGCCAUGCAGUGUUCCUCAAAAUCAAGACAUUGCGAAUGAACUCAGCAUGCCACAGCAUUUUGACAACCCAUUCUACGCCCCUCCCGACUGUAACGUUCCCAAUGCUUCCAUGGCAGUCCCUGUUAUGGACAGAGGCGUCCACAUGCCAUCCCAGGUCAUGGAGGAAAUUCACUAUAAUGAAGACUUUAAACAAGAGGACGGUUGUGUUAGCCUGGACCCAGAUACUUUGGACUCCGUCCUCCAAGGCAUUUCCCAAUGCCUUGCCAGCUUCAGACCAGACCAAUCCCAGCAAGGUUCAGACCAGUUUCUUAAUCAGAUAUUUUUUCAUGGUGAUCUCAACUUCGGUUUAGAUGGCACAGAUACGAAAUUGAACGUCAGUCAACCUAUGAUGAACAUGUCGUCUAUAAACGACGCACACUUCAGUCAGAUGGUGAAUGAGAAUCAGGCCUAUCCAGCAGAUCUGGAGAACAUCGAAGGUCUCAUGUUUUGCCCCGUGAAGAGCGAGAAUGACCUGGACCACUGAAUGCCACUGUGGACUCUUAUGUCUUGACUAUUGGGAUUUUGGACAUACAGUCAUUCUUGACUAUAAAGUUGUUUUUGGACUAGGAAAAGACACAGACUAAGUCAAACUUGUUAUUGACCGCCAAACCUGUUCAGCUGGCACUAUCUGACUUCCUGUUUGGUAGUAUGAAUAUACUAAUGAAGUAAAUCACCUGUUCAGCCACUGGUCUUGUAAAUGGACUAGACACCAUGGUAGCCAACGAAAGGCGGGAGAAGCAUGUAGCCAUUACGUUUUCUGGUAAAAAGGGAGCAACAGAUGCUGCUCAGUUGCUUGUAAUGUGCCAGUUAUGUCUGUCAUUCGCUAAUUUAUUGUGUGGAUUUCUGAGCAGAACCUAUUAGUAUCCUGUAGAUUGUCCCAGACCCAAAUUCACUUUGUAUUUAAGUGUUACAUGUAACGUGAUAUUUGUUUUGAACAUUUCGGAACAGUCCAUCCACAGAGGAAUUUCAGUUAACAGCAUUAAGGGGACAAAAUUAGACCUUUAAACAUAAUUCUGAAGUAGCAGCUGAAUUAAUUAAUGUAAUUCAUACCAAUCUGACACCAUGAUCAAGCCAGGUGUGACACGACAACAUAGUAAAAGUCAUUUCUGUCAUCUAAUUGGCAACAAUAAAAUCUUGCACUGAAUCCUCUGCCCACUGGUGGCCGUUUGCAACUCCUGAUCAAAAAUAGUGCUCAAAAAUUGUGAUAUUCGGUUAACUAGUUAGCGCUAUUCUAUUAGGGGCUGUUCACACGGAACAUGCUUUUCCACUUUACUGCGCUGCUUUUCCAUUGUUUUUCUAUGUAAACAUGCACAAGACAGAUGUUUGACCGUUGCACUUAUGCAUAUUGUGCAUGACAAAAUGUUCUAAAAGCAUGGCACUCAAGUUAAAAAGUUCAGCUUCUGAACUUCUCUAGACCUUUCUUUAGACCUGUGUCUCAUGUUUUUAAACACAAAGAAAUCUUCUGGAUGAAUGGCUUCUUAGCUUGCUAACCAAAGUUUUAAUGAAAGGGAAAUGUUUCAUUUGACCUUUUUUGGAUUUUGUAAUGUUUUAUGUAAUUUAUAUACAUUAAUUACCCAAUUUUAAUGUGUCAGCGGGGAUUUGGAUUUGAAGCCCCGUCCACAAAGAAAUUUAAUUGGUCUAAGAUUCUAAAAUUGGUCUUAAGUUGUGUAUUAUACAUCAAAUAUGUUCUGAUUGGCUGCAUUGCACAUGCUUUUAUUUUUCAAUGAGAAUAGUCAGAUUACUUAUCCCUGGAAACUUGACAUGUCAAGCCUGGUUAUGUCAUGAUGUGAGUUUGCAUAGGAAACUGAAAUGAAUGUAGUCAAUGAGUCGGUGGCAAAAAGAUUUUAGUGAUUUUGUCUUUGUCACAUCAAUGUUGAAGGAAGCUGGAUUCACAAGCAUAACCAUUGGAAAGCAUUUUGUUCAUUUAUACACAUUUAAUGUCUGUAAUACUGCUGUGAUUUUUAUUGUCCUGUGUAAAAAUCCUUUAGUUGCUAUCAAUUGUCACAUUCUGCUUCUUAUAGUGUGUUGUUGCUGUCAAUAUUAAAAACCUGUGUUCUGUGUUCA